AUGCUUAAGGACACCAUUCACUAUUUAUUUACUUUUAUUUUUUUAAUAAUUAUUUCCUCAAACUUUAUCAUUGGAUGGAAGUUAAACGAGCCAUUUACAGGCUCAAUCACUUUCUAUGAUGAACUACGUUAUGGCCUUUGUGUAGGAGAUCCGACUGAUGCAGAAAAUGAUUUGUUAGUUGCUAUUAGCAAUAAAGAAUGGACCUUUAGUUUAGUAAAUGAUCCGCUUUGCGAUGUUUGUCUUAAAGUUGAUUACAACGGGAAAUGCAUCACAGUCCCUGUCAGAGAUAUCUGUGACGAAUGUUCAGCAACACACGCGAAAUUGUCAAAACCUGCGUUUGAGAAGCUCGAAAGUUUGUCAGUAGGAAGCGUUCAAAAUGCUACAUUAACGUAUGUUAAAUGUGAUGGUGUGAUAGAUGGUAAAACAAAAUCAUAUUAA